UGAGUUAUAAUCGCGCGCAAUUAAGUUCAUAAUAGAGCAAUUUAACGCAUACCUGAUAUUUGAAUGUGAGCUUUUAAAGCUUGACAAGGUGACCGCUUCAAAGAGUCAUUGUACAACACCGUGCUACCAAAACUGAAAGCUUUGUGAUGUAACAGGCAGCACGCAAAGGGAAAGAAGUCGAAGAAACAGAACCAAAAACAGUCUAAAAAUAUGACAAAACAACAACAACAAAAACAAUGAAACGGUAAGAAAAACGAAGUUUAAGUUUGUUUGUGAAGCGGAGCAGAGGGAAACGAAACUAAUUGCUCAGCAUGGGAAUCAAAGCGCCGAGAUAAAUACAACAAGCGAAACCGGCUCGGGCAUUCAGUUUGUCGCUGGCUGACGGAACUAACGGACCCGCCAGAGCAACGGACAACGCAUUCGCUUGGAACUAGAGCGCGGCUGUAAAGAUCAACGUCAUCGCGGGGGAAAUUCAACGAGAGUCGACGUUUAUUGAAUUGGAAUACAAUGGAGUACCUGCAGUAUGCCUAUGAGAAAAUAUUCGGAGCUGAUGCGACGUCGUCAGACAAGACGCAGGGCACCUAUCAGACGCCACGCAAAGUGGUUUGCUUUGGCAACGUGCUGCUGGAUCGCAUUGUUAAGCUGGAGGAGCCGGAGCUGCUGCAGCGCUACGAGCUGAAGCUGGGCUCCAAGGGCGAAAUGGAUCUGGAGCAGCUGAGCAACAUGGCCACCGAGGCAGCCAGCAGCGGCUCCGCCUGCCUGAGCAAUCCGGGUGGCUCGGCCCUGAACACGGUGCGCAUCUUGAAGCAACUGGGCACGGAUGCGCAGUUCUUUGGUGCCAUUGGCGCCGAUAAGCACGGCGAGCUGCUGCACUCCAUAUUGCUGGAGCGCGGCAUUGAGGCGCGCCUGCAGAUCGUCGAGGAUGUGCACACGGGCCAGUGUGUGUGCCUCAUGCACAACGAUAAUCCGACGCUGUACGCCAACGUCGGCGCCUCGGCGCACUUCUCGCUCGAGGAGCUGAAACGUGCCGCCAGCGAUGACACCCAAAGCUUUCUGCGACCCAUCGAACGCAAGCAAAUCCUCUAUAUUGAGGGCUUCUUUUUGCCGCAACGAUUCGAGGUCGUCGAUUAUAUACAGGUGCAUCUGGUGCGGGAGCGUCGCUACUUGGCGCUGAAUCUCAGCGCUCCGUACAUCGUGCGCCAGCACUCGGACAAGAUGCUGGAGCUGGCGCAGCGUGCCCUCUUCAUAUUUGGCAAUCGCCAGGAAUUCGAGGAGCUGGCCAAGACAGCUGGCUGCAAGACAGUCGAUCAGCUUGCAAUGCAACUGCUGCAGUCCGGCAGCCAGCCCAAGAUCAUACUCAUCACCAACGGCGCGGCGGGCGUGCAGCUGGCCACCAACUAUGUGGCAGAGCUCUCCCCGCCCGGCGAUCUCAGAUUCGAGGAUUACCGAGCACAGCGCGCCGAUCAGCUGGUGGAUGCGACGGGCGCCGGCGACGCCUUUGUCGCCGGCUUUCUGCACGCCUGGCUGGAGAAGCGUUCGCUGAGCGAAUGUGUGCGCCUGGCCAGCAAUGUCGCCGCCAAGGUGGUCACACAGGUGGGCUGCAACUUGCCUUAGCCUGACGUCGCCUUGGUCUUUGGUCAAACAAAGAUUUCGUUGACUCAGCGAGCGCGCACAGUGACACCAAAGUAGACCUUUAUUACACGAAUCUUACACCAUAUAUAUAUUGCAUAUAUAUGUUUCUGUACUUAGUUCCUUAUGAGACAAUGCACUUAGUGAGUUAACUAUUUGCGCUCUGACUGUGCUUAAACAAUGAGAAAAUAUUUACAAAUAUAUAUAUUUAAUAAUAAAUGUUUUCAUAUCGAACAAAGAGCUGGCAAUUUUAUAUAACCACAAAUAUCCAUCGCAAUGCUUUUGUUGCAUAUACAAAUAUAUUUUACCCAAUACUUUAUAUAUGUAUACUAUAAAUAUAUCAUUAUAUCAAUAACAAGGCUUAGGGCACACUCAAUUCCUUGCUAGAAUAAAUAUUUAUAUAAAUAUUAA